CGGACGAUAACACGAUCGCGUUUUACUUCCGGUUCAGCACAUAGACGUCUACUUGAAAACAUUGGCGGCUGGUGCACGAGAAUAAACAAACCGAAAGUUUAAAAAAGCUCAUCUCUGUAGCCUUGAGGCGGGUUGUGGCUAUUGAGGUGCCCCACAGGAGCCGGCAGAGAUGUCUGAAGCAAGAAGAGCGAGCCACAGGUCACAGGAGGCCCCUGCGCCACCGCAAAAUGGCGUUGGGGUUCAGAGGCGGGCUGGGGAGGACAGCAAUGAGGAGGAGGGCUCUCGGCCAGGGGGCUCCAACAUUCACGAGGAGGAUGACCCGGCCACUCGCCGCCUCAUCAGGCACCAGUACAGGGAGCUCAUCAACAACGUGCAGCAGAACCGAGAAGAUAUGCUGAGUCCCAACAACAACAAGCUCACUGAAGCUUUAGAGGAGGCCAAUAAGCUUUUUGUAAAUGUCCGCCAGGCACGCGAGGCUGCCCUGGACUCACAGUUUCUGGUGUUGGCCACUGACCUGGGCAAGGAGAAGGCCAGCCAGCUGCACGCCGAGGGCACCAUCUUCGACCCUUCUGCCUUCGCAGAGCACCUGUUGUCGUUCAUGGGCCUGAACCGGCUGGAGGAGGAGGAGGAUGACAGUGAUGAGGAGGGGGUUGCUGGAGGCUUCCUUCCCCAAGACGCCUGGCACCAGCUGGGCAGGGAAGCAGAGAAGUGCUUCAGAACAUCUCCUUCUUUCCAUUUCAUGUUUGGCUCCUUCCUUCCAGAGCCCCCUCCCCCUCGACAGCGAGUAGAAAGACAGAGAAGAGCUCCCACCAAGGAUGUGCGCAGGAUUAUGCCCACACAGCUGAAGAAAAUGGAAGAAUCCUACCAGGAAGCUACAGAAAAAGAGGUGGAGAGAAUCCUUGGUUUUCUACAGAGCUACCAUGACGACGAUCCCACAGUUCCUAUUUCUUACUUUGACUUUGUGAUUGAUCCCAAAUCCUUUUCUCGCACUGUGGAAAACAUCUUCCAUGUGUCUUUUCUGGUCAGGGAUGGCCUGGCCAAGAUCGAGCUGGACCAGUCCAGGCUCCCCAUUAUUGCUCCAGUAAAGGCUGAGGAGGAUGCGGGCAGUGGGCCAGGGCGGCAGCAGUGUGUCAUCUCCAUCAGUCCUCGCAGCUGGAAGGAAAUAAUUGAGACUUUUGAAAUUAAAGAAGCCUUAAUAACACCCCCGCCAACAGCUAAAGAAACUGAGUCUUGAUAAGAAGAGACCAGAAGAAUCCUAGAAAUUAAAGGCUGACCAUACUUUAUGCCCAGAACUCCUUUGAUAAGUUUGUUUUUUAAAUACUUUAUGCUUCAACUUUUGCACCACCAAAGAGCAAAUGUUUGUCUCUUAUCCUCAAACCUAAUUGGAUAACCAUUUCUUAAAAUAUUUUCGAGUGACUUUGUAAUGAAAAGUGUAAAAAAUCUUUAAACAGCUGUCUUUAUCUUAAUUAACCUAAGCACACAUCUGCUGAGCAUGUGCUGAGGAUGGUGACCGUGUUUCAUAGCUUUAGUUAUUGUCUUCAGACAGUUGUGUGACUCGUACUGGAGACCCUACAGUGCAAAGCCUUGCACCAGGGGUAUUUAGCUUAUAUUUAUUUUACAACCCGUUAUUUGUUUGCAAAACGUGACAUGGAAAUGUGGGCCGUGGUCUAACACAGUUAUUUUAACUCCAGAAUAUCCCCCCUUAAUGUUUACAUGUAUGUUAGUAGUUGGUAUUCUCUUGAUUAGUUUAGAGACAUACACAGUACUGUUUAAGUAAAGGGCUGGUUCAGCAGCUCUAUCAGCAUGAUGACACUGAACAAGAGCCUACAUGAGAAAAGGACAUUUAGCAUGUUUUAUUUUGAUUUAAUUGAUCUGUAAACUGACUAGCAUAGAGGGUGAGGUGGUAAAACGUUGUAUAAUUGUACUGUUUUACAUCUUCAUUCUUCAUCUGGUUAAUACCUGAUGUUCACGUGCCCCUGUGCACAGAUGACACAGAGCCACAGAUUUUAAUUGGUUUUUAUAGAUUUGUUUUAUGUAUUAAAGUGCCUCGAAAUAAGGGAUGUCUCCAAUAACUUUACAUUUUUUUAAAUAUAUUUUUCUUGUAUUUUAUUCAUUCAGAUUUGUAAAGAGUUUUGUUUUCC